CAUUGCUGCUGCUGCUGUUUCUCCAGCUGGUGACAGGACUGCUGUUGCUUCUGCUGCAGCCGUGACAGUGGCCUCCUCGUCGUCCUCGGCCUUCCUUCCUUCCUUCCUUCCUUCCUUCCUUCCUUCUCUGGCUCCCUUCCUUCCCUUCUCCCUUCCUUCCCUCCCUGCUUCGACGCCGGCGGCCAUGGAGUGGAGCCCCGCCCAGGCUCUCCAGUGGGAGGUGGGACCCGAAGCCAUGGCGGCCUCCUCCUCUUCCUCCUCCUCGCAGCCCCUGGGUGUCCCGGAGCCCACCUCUUUGGCCGACGCGCUUCCCGAAACGGCGGAGCUCUCCCUGACGGUGGUGGCCGAAAUCCAGGCUGUGGAGAGCAAAGUGGACUCGUACGCUGCGCAGCUCAUGAGCCUGGAGGGGCGGAUGGGGAUGGCCGAGACCAAGCUGGACGGCUGCGAGAAGACGGCCGUGGAGUUCGGGAACCAGCUGGAGAGCAAGUGGGCCGCCCUGGGCACCCUCAUCCAGGAGUACGGGCAGCUCCAACGCCGGCUGGAGAACAUGGAGAACCUGCUCAAGAACCGGAACUUCUGGAUCUUGCGACUGCCCCCGGGCUCCAAGGGGGAAACCCCCAAGAUCCCCCUGCUGUUUGAUGACACCUCCUGCAGUUUCUCUGAGCAAGAGUGGCGGAGUUUGGACGAAGGGCAGAAGGACCUCUACCGGCAUAUCAUGAAGUGCAACUACAAGGCCGUGGUCUCCAUGGAUGCUGCUAUUUCCAAACCCGACUUGCUCUCCCGGUUUGAGCAAGGCGACGCUGGAGAUCAUGAAGAAAGAGAACCCCUCAAAGACUCCGCUCUGGGCUCUCCCAUUUCUGCCCUCAACGACAGUUCCUGGAUGGAGCAGGAGGAGAUGUCCCUUGUCAAAGGCAUGGGGGACCUGGACGAAAAAGAGAUGCCGGGUGACUCCACCGUAGGUGCUCCGCAGCUCCUGGAGGAAGACCCCGAGGGCUUAGAGCUGCCUGGCAUGAUCCCCAGGAAAUGGACGGAGGUUUUCCAAGGCCCGGGCGAGGAGCUGCUUUGUGAGAGCCAGCCCAUCUUGGUCUCUCCUCCGAGGAAGCCUCCGGGAAGCAGCCUGCGACGGUCCGCUCGCUGCGUGGGUGACGGGAGGAAGGUGGAGACCUCCACGCAAGCGGCGGAAGCCCACACCGGGCCCUACAUCUGCUGCGAGUGCGGGGAGGGCUUCCUGGACAAGCAGCUCUUCUCCAGCCACCAAAAGAGCCACGGCGGAGGGGGCGGCUACCCAGCCCUGGACCCGGGAGGGGGCUCCAAGGCCCGGCCGGCCCCCUCGCUCCUCCCGAGGGCUCCCACUCCCUCCCGCUCCCGGCCCCCCAAGCGCCCGGAUGUCCAGAGGGGCACCACCGUGCGGCCUGGGACCGGGAAGCGCCCGGGGAACCACAUGGUGGAGCGGCCCUACACCUGCAGCCAGUGCAAGGAGAGCUUCAAGCUGGAGGUGAGCCUGCUCCUGCACCAGAAGCUGCACACGGGGAAAGGCGAGGGGCCCCUGACCUGCACCUACUGCGGCAAGGACUUCCGGGACCUCUCCAAGGCCGUGCGGCACCAGCGCAUCCACACGGGCGAGCGGCCCUACCAGUGCACCGAGUGCGGGAAGAGCUUCAUCCGGCGGGACCACCUCCUCAAGCACUGGCGCGUCCACACCGGGGAGACGCCCUACCAGUGCGCCACGUGCGGGAAGAACUUCCGCUACAAGGAGUCCCUGAACUGCCACCAGAAAAUCCACACCCGCAACCCCAUGGCGGCCACGCACCACCACCACCUGGCCCUGGGGAGCCCCGCCAGCCUCCUGGGCCUGAAGCAGGAGCAGCCCUAGCGCCCCCCGGGCCCACGGUUGGCCGGACGCGGAAAGGGGACCCCGUUUGCCUCCCUGGUCCUGCCAGGAAGACGAGGAAGGAAGGCUCCGACUUGGCGGCGCUUCGGCCCCGGUUUCCCCCCGCACCGCACAGAGGGGCUGGGAUCGGGCCUAGACAUGAGCUAUGCCCAGUUUGCACUUAGAUGGGCCUUCGUGGCGUUCCGGAGGGCCUGCCGCACCUGGAAAGAGAACUGGGUGACUGGGUGGUGUUGUGUUGUUUCUUCGGUGGACUUUCUUGAAGGAGGCAUCACCGAGCGAUGGGUCACCGCUUCUUCUGCUUUAGGAAUGGACUACUUAGCAUCACGGAUUCCACGCUCCUGCCUCGUUCGGUUGCCCCCCAAGCCCUCCUUGAGGUGGAUGCUCACACACAGAGAUGCAAACACACCGCGGAAGACCAACAUGCAUGCGCACAGAGGAGUGGGCCAGGAAUGGGGAGAACGGACACGCAAGGGGGUGUCACGGCAUCAGAUGCACUCGUCCCCCCUUCCCCUUCUCUCUCUCCUCCGUCUCUAAGCACCUCUUCCACGAGCGGAAAUCAAACCCAUCCUUUCCCUGCUAAUUGUUGUUAGUAACGUUGUGUCUGUGUAAGUGGCUUCCUCCCUCCCUUCUUACAUUUGGUUCCUUGAGUUUAAAGAAGCCUUUGGCUGCACUCCCAGGUAAACGUGUCCCUUGUGAGCCACUUCUCCGGUGGCUCCAAACCAAUGCCAAGAAUUUGUUGUCGUGUUGUUUCUGUCGUAUGAUGUCCCAGCUGGACUUUCCGCCCAUCCCGUUGCAUCCCAUACACUCCAAGAACUGGUCCCCUUUUGCUGCUGUUGUCUUGUUGUUGAUGUUGUUGUUAUUGCUGCUGCUAAUGUUGCUAUUGUUGCAAUGUGUUUGUUAUUUUUAUUUGCAAGAGGCAUCCUUGUAAAUAUGGGUUGAGCUAUCUUAACGUAUGAAUUCCAGUGUCAUUGAGAUAAAUGUCAGCUGAGGUGACUGUGAUGAUGAACCCGCUUUUCUCCUCCUCUGUGUUUACGUCGGGUGUUCAGUCUGUGGCUGCUGCUGCCGCCGCCUUCGGCUUUGAUUUCCGUAUCCUUUCGGUCGCACCUUAUUUUGCAAAACCUGUCAAUACAAGUGUGUCUCUUCUGAA